UAACAUGGAUUUCACGCACCUUAAUCCACUGAUUUACCAAUUAUAACCCCUAUUCCAUAGAUAUAAAGGUUAUUUCAAUCUGAUAUAAGUAGUAUACAGAAUGCGAGGCUGAAAUAAUCUUGAGAUUUCACGAGUCGACGGGACGAGCGGAGCGAAACGCACGCGCACCGCGCGGAAAAUGUCUAAAAAUACUUACGCGUUUGUUUUUCUAACAAAUAGAGAGUAGUAUUUUGGAAUAGGGACUAGUUAUCGAACCUGCUGAGGUUAAUCAGUGUUUUAAAUGUGAUGUGAUUGUAUAUAUUGAGUUUAACGGUGGUUGUUGUUUGAAAAUGUGUCGCCAAUUUAAUUAAAGAUAAUGGUCAAAUGUGAAAUUUUUGUUAUUUAAUCUUAUUUUAGUGUAGGGGUUGGGUAUACAUUAAUUUUGGAUACAGUGUUAUGUGAGAAUUACGGUGGCCAUGAUUGAGGUAGCGGAACGACCGAAUAAUAACUUUUUCAGAUCAUUCCUGCCUGCAGUCAACUCACCUCCGGUGCCGCACCGAGACAUCUCGGGGGCUUCCACGGCGGCCUACCGCCCCUACAAUGGCGACCAUGGCGCCCCACAGCACCAAGUCAUCAGAGCUCCGCAGCCGGCUGACCCAGAACGCAAGAAAGACAAGAAGUGGUCUAUCGGAAAGCUCUUCAGGCGAAAAAAGAAGGAUGACGAAAGUGGAUCUUCAUCAGAAAGCGAAGAGGGUGGCAGUUUGCGCUCCACGUCCAAGAGGAAAUCUAAUAAAAAGAAGAAAAGGACACCUGCAGUCAACAACUUCGACCAUAUAGUUAUAAGAGAAACUAGGCGGGCCCAGAGCUUAGCUAAACCCAAUGGUCGUGACUUCACUGACGAUGGAGUGCUUUCCGACCCAUCCGCUGGUUUCAUAAACUACAGGCCUAAAACCAGGGAAGUUCAACCGUCUAAGGAGUCUCUGAGCUUAAGGGAUGACGUUUCCACGAUGUCAGGAAGAGUUUGUCCAGAACCUACGAUGAGAAAGACGAGGAAAGGCCGACUAAAAGCCCGAGUUGAAGCAUUGCGGAACAGCAUGAGAGGGGAAUCGAGCAGCGAUGAAGAAUCUUUGAAGUCUUCAAAUUCAUCUUCAAUGGUCCGAUUCAGGAGCGACGACUCAUUGAUGCGCUCACGUGACAGCUCGCUGAAUAAGAGGUCACGAAGCGCUCGAAACGAACGCUACAUCAAAAGACUCUCGAGAGACGAGGAGAACCAGCUCAACAAAGAAGCCGAACUGCUGCAGCAGGGAUACACGAAAGCUGAAGUGGAAAUGCUUACACGAACCCCCACAAGCCAAAGCAGUGGUUACGGCACCUGCAAACGAGAACAAAACAAUCAAAAACCUGAACUAGGCAACGAUUUAACCCGCCGACCAAUUAAAUCCGAGUCAAUAUCUUCAUUUCCAUCAACUCAAAGUUACCCUUCAUCUAUUAAUUUUAAUGCCAAAAUUAACAACGAACAUAUUAACUAUUCCAUACCUUUUAAAGGUAACUUUGUCAAAGAACCGUUUUACGCUAACAAUAACAGGGAAAAAUCUGUACCAUGCCCUGAUGAAAACGCAGAUAAAGUCAUGUACGUUAAGUUUCCUCUAGGAAAUGUUACGAAUAUUAAAAGAGAGGAACGAGCCCCACCAGUGCCACCGCCUCGAGAUAUGCAUAGAAAAGUUGCAACCCCUAUAUCGAUGUACUAUGAAAACCAUUCUGUAGUAUCCGAUAGGAUGGGCAGCAACCAAAACAUUACGCACGGCGUACCUAACAACGACUUCGAACGAGUAAUGAGACGGAGUCAAGAGAGAUCGAUUAAUCAUGGGCCUAACGGACUACGACGACCGAUAUCUAACUCUGAAGAUCACCUUGCUAUGCAAAACAACGAAUACUUGCAACAUUUGUAUCAGAAAACCGAGCAGCCCAGAAGGCCAGCAUCAGUUUCCGCUGAACCUAAUCACUAUGGAAUUUAUGCUUUUACACCACCAUGGAGAAAUAAAAUCGAACAACCCAACGUAGUGAAACCUGAACCAGUCCAAUCCAGGAACGAUUUCCUCUACUAUGCUGACCACAGUCCCAGAUCUCGUAGACCUAUAAGCAUAAAAACUAGUCAAAACGGCUGCGAAAAUCAAUACCUUAGCGAUUCUCAAACAUCAGUUAAUGUCGCUGAAAGUGUUUAUCGUAGACCGAGAAACGCUUCUGAAUUUUGGAAGAAAUUAGACGAUGCCGAAAGACAGAAAAAACAACAGAACAUCUAUGCCAACUCUAGAAGCAACAGUGAGCAUGUCAGGAAUACACCCCGAAUGCACCAUUAUUCAGAGGGAAGUAAUAGUAUACCGAGUCAUAUAGAGAAUAUUGACAACCAAAAUAAGAAUAGGGCAACAAGCGUUGAUCAGUCACGAGAUGUUAUAGAUGGUGCCAAAAUGUGGAAAGCAACGACCGAGUAUAAGAGGUCGGUCACUGUUGAACCGCCUAAAGUGGUGACUUCCCCGACCUCUAAAACACACGUCCGUCAUAAAUCUGACACCUUUGUAACUAACAGCUAUCAAAUACCUUCAGAUGACGACAAGAGCUCAGAACGUCGUAAAUCAACUAACCUUGAUGACGCUCUCAACGAACUUGAGGCAAUUUACAAUAGCUUAGGAUUAGGAGACGAAGACCUGCUAGACAGGGCUGAAAGACGAGAGUCAAUGACUCCAAAAUAUAAUGAUCACUUCAAUGACUGGAAUGGGAACGAUGACGAGGUCCAGUUGAGAAGUCAACCAUCAACGCCGCUUCGGCGGAUAUCAAGGAGAUCAACACUGCCCGAUAAAUUGCAAGACGAUAUGGCAUUCCGUAGAAUGAAUUCGUUCUCAAAAGAAAAACCAAAUUUGAAGGAAGCACAAGCACAGAUCAGUUACAUGCUUGCUUCGCCGGUGUACGUACCUUAUGCUUCAGACGACGAAAGAUAUUCGGGGCGGGACGAACCAGAUAUUGUCCAUGACGACGUUGUUUACAGAAAUAUAAAACAAACGAACAACCGUUUGAAAACUCUUGAACCACAACCACCUUUUGGAAUUCCUCUAGGACCAGUAUCUCCUGCUCCUCAAAGUGACUAUCUACAUGCGACGCCUGAGAGUAAGGGACGCUCGCGAUUUAUUCCCAGGAGAUCACCGGACCUUGUGUCAGAUGAUUUAGCAUACAGAAGUUUAAGGAAAGAUGCUAGACAUUCAUCGUUGUUUAACGGAGAGGAUUAUGGUCACAUAAAUAACAAUCACAAUUAUAACGAGUAUCCGUACACUAAAGAAUCCGCAGCUAAUCUUAAAAAGAAACGAGCGGUUAGGUCUCUUUCAGCUAAUAUUUUUACUAUGAUUCAAAAAGAAAUCGACGACGCGCUUAAUAUGAGCAAAGUGGCAACGUUGCAAAAAACUCAUAGCAACAGUGACGUCAUGAGGCGCUUGCGGGACACUUUCGAAAACAAUGACAACGAGCCAGAGCACUAUCCUCGAAAUAAGGUAAAGCAAAGGCAUAAUACUGUUGGUCUCUUCGUCAAUAACUCGCACUCGCCAAAUCAUCAUUUCGCAAAAGACGAUUCAUGCAUUCAUAAUGACGAUAAAUACCUCCCAAAACCUGCAUCUUGUGAUAAGUCCAAAAGUUCAUCCCCAUCAAAUCGAUCACCACAAGCUUCUAAGCGAUCGUCUAAAGACGAAUUUCAGCAGGUCCUCACUAUGCUCGCACAGGAAGCAAUGGACACUAGUAAUAAGUUAGGCGUAGCUUUAGCUGAACUAGAUAAAAAUAGAAAUAAUAACACGGAGAAAAGACCAAAUAUAAAUACCAGGAUAUCAGACAGUAGGUCACAUUUCUUGAAUGGCCUAACCAGUGAUUCUUAUGAUAAUUCUCAACCAGAAAUAAAAUUAGUCAAUGUACACUCUGAGAUUGUGAGUGAACCCGCUAACAGGCAUGUGAAGUCUGAUACCGAACAAACUAAAGGCCAAAAAACAGAAGACAGCCUUCUUGCAAUAUCAGAUCAGUUACACAGAGUAGAAGAUCAACUUAAGCAUAGCCAUGAGAAAGAGUUGAAUUUCGAUGACGAAAGCUUAAAGCUUUCAAGUUAUAUCGAUAAAACCGAAAAGCCAUUAAAGGCCCAAGAAACCACAGUUAUGACUCCAGAGAAAAAGCUGGUACCAGAUGUUUGUCCAUUAACAGUUCAGGAUGACUCUAUUAAAGUUGAAUUAAAGAAUCAAAACGAUUUUGACUAUAAUAAUGAGAAAAAAAUAUCUCCACAAAAAAUUAAAUCGACCAAUCCCUUUUUGAAUUCAGAUGAAAAAUUACAAGAAAUAAAUGAAAUAAAUGCCUUCAAGGAAUUGAAAGAUGGCAUUUCUGAUUUGAUUGCUGGAAUAUCGCAAGUUAAUGACAAGUUAUUUGUUCCUAAAUUACCAAAAGAUGACGAUAGCAAUAAACCUAAAGUAACGGGUAUAACUGAGGCUAGUAAGCAAUUGAGCCAAGUGACUCAAGAAGUGCCAAAACCAGUACCUAAUAGAGCAUCUGUUAAUUUAUCCAUUUACGAAGAUGAUUUAGAGGUAAAGAAAGAUGCCGCUGAUUCUGCUGAAUACAAUUCAUCCGAAGAAUUGGCGACAAUAUUCAAUUUAGAUGGAAAUCUAAAACUGCACAGUGUAGAUCAAAAAGAACCUGAGAAAGUGAGAGAUGAGCUAAGCUCACCAAAACUAGUUCAGACUAUGAAUCAGCAACUAGGGCGAUUGUCCGUAGAUCGGAUAGAAGAGCCGGCGAGCCAAGACCUGCCAACUAACGUAGUACCGUGGCGAGCUAAGAGGCAAAACAAUUCACAAAGCGAAUCACGAGGCGACGCGCAGAAGCGUGAUUGGCACGAUGGCACGUUGAUGUUAGCUUGUACCUACACGCUGAUGAUAUCGCAGCACCUGGCCGAGCUGGACUGGCUGACGCUGCUGGGCUUGCUGCUCGCCGUCGUCACUAUCAUCGCUAUGCUAAUUAUUUAAUGUUGGGGGAUACUGUAAACCUUAUUUUGUUUAUGACGGGCACUUUAAAUGUCGAACAAACUUUUUUCACGCAGAUACGUCUGUAUGCUACACAUUUUUCAAUUAAGGAAAAAUUUAUAAAUUUACCGCUUCAGGCGACACGAUAUUGCGUCCUUUUGGAACACCGGCUCAAUCGCUUUUAACCAACUGAGCUCAUGAAGCUUACCAAAUGCUUACGGGAGGCACAUAGCGACAUGUACCAUGAGAAUGUCUUGCCCGACCCGGAUUUUUUUUCAAUUUUUCCUUUAAUUUAAUAGUAUUUUAUGCAACAGUUGUAUAAGAAGGGUCAAAAAAGGCGAGUGGCGUGAGUUACAAUGUGAGCCGGAGCCGAAGGCGUAGGCGAACAUUGUAAAGGAAUACGCCACGAGAAUUUUUUGACCUACUUAUACAACGUUGCAUACAAUAUUUUUCCUACGAGUCAACAAAAAUAAAUCUUAAUUUAGGUAAACAAAUUACAGCAAAAGUAUAUAGCCAAGACGCGCGAGCAUACCUUGGUACGCGCCCGGCCCGCCGCGGGCCGCGGCCGGCCGGUCGGCGACACCUCCUCGUAACUCAUGAGGCCCUGGUACUUGCUACUUGCUAAAUUAAUUUUUUGGACAGUUUUUUCUCAAUUUUGGCCACCGUAGCCUACGGAGAAUAACAAGCAACGCUAAGCGGUCUUCGUAGUCUAUGGGUAUUGCUAUAUUACGGGUGUCACAUGCGUGUUUCUGACUUAUGAAGUAAUUAUUUUUACUAUGCAACCAAAUGAAUAUUUUGUAAGUUGGCAUCAAUGCACUUAGUUUAAAACUGUAUUCGUUUUGGUUUUGUUAGGUUGGUAGCCAUUAAUCGCAGUAACGUUAUAGCGUAUAAAAGCACAAGAGCUUUUAUGAGGAAUAGACAAUAUAGACUUUUCUUGAAAUCUUUUAUGUAUGUUCUUAUAUUCGUGUUAAUGAAUGCAUAAAUGACAGAUAACAGUAGAGGAGUAGGAAAAAGCAUUAAAUGUCGACUUACCCAACAGUGCCGAAAAACAAUGACAUAGAAAUUUUUAUCAGGAGCUACAUUUGAAGAUUUGAACUUCGAAAAUCUAAGUUUACCCGCUGUAAGAGAAAAUGAGAUGCACUGUUAUUAUGUCAAAUAAGAAAGAUUUUUGAGGUGCGAAUGGUUUGACAAAACGAUAGACGUGUCAAAGCGAUGCAUUUUGGUCCUACAUAAAAAAAAUUGUAAGAAAAUUCGCGAUACUGAUAUAAAUUAUUUUUCUAGCGAUGAAUUGCUAUUUAAAAGCUAGAAGUAAUUUUUAAUUCAAAGUGUAUUUGUGAAAUAAUACAACAACGCUAACCAGUUUUAAAAUAAUUUUACAAUAUCCCCGUAACAUAUAUACCUAACAGAUACGAGAUGCUUUAGUAUAAGAUAUAGAGCUGUAAUCAAAAACCAACACAAUAAUUAUAAAUACUAGCAUCACGCAAAUAUUAUGGAAAAUCAUUAGACGCAUUUAACCAACCAAUGCUUUAAAAUAUAGUAUAAUGCUGAGCAAAACCUUUGUUUUGUAGUUUUUUAACGGCAAAUUAACCAAACAUUUAUUCAUGUGACAAAAAAAAACUAUCAUUUUAAUUACAAAAUUAAAUGGAAUCAAGAAUCAAAUUGCGUGAUUUUAUUUUUAUUUAUUCAUCCAACAUAUAAUAUAUUAAUUCGUUCAGUUCACAGUUCACCUGUGUUAUUUUUUUUCUAGCUGUAGCUACUUAGUAUUUUAGCUGUGAUGUCUUUUACUUAUUAUUAACGAAUGUAUCAGUGAAUUUAUGUGUUAAUUUUAGUUUUACUUAACUGCCUAAUAGGUAAAUUUUUAAUAAAAACUAGGUUAGUUUUAAUAUCGAAUUUGGCUUUUAGUGUUUUAGAGCAUGUAUUUUGCAUGGAGUUUUGGUGACGUAAUUUAUGUAAUUAUUUUUUAUUGAUCGAGAGUGGUUAAAAGAUCAUAAAUUUAAUAAUAAAAGCAAUCCAAGUUCAACCCUUUGACCGUCUAAAACGUCAAAAGUCGCGCGGCUACAUCCCAAUAUCAACCAUCCUGCAUAGCGAUAAGGUUCACAAUGGCACACCGCGCAUGAUAGGCGUGCCGUUCAAAGGGUUAACUUCCCUAUGAUCAGGACACUACCACACACUUCACUAAGAAUAAGAUUAAUAAAUUCAAAAUGUGACUCUUGGCCACUUUCUUUUAGGAAAAUUCUUACGAUGUAACCUGUUCAACGACGUAUACUUAUACACUGAUUUACAUGUAAGAAGACUUGUGCAGAUAUUUUUGAGCUGACUGUAAAUUAACCUUUCGUAUGCGCCUGUCAAAAAUUUGCCAUUUAUUUAGCAACCAUGACAUAUUCAUGUUUAAGUUGAAUUUGGUUGAAUAGGUAUAUAUGGAGCAGAUCUGCUCCUAAUAAGCAUACGAAAGGUUAAAGCACGUAUUUCGUCCACAAUCACAAUGUAGUAAGUAGGUAGUUCCCAUUUCAAAAUGUUGGGUAAGAUAAGAAAGAGACAAGUAACUAUAAAGACUGGCUGGUGAUCUCCAUUUAAAGGAGUAAGUAUGUCUCUUUGUCUCUAUGUAAAUUUCUUUACCUGUCUCUCUAUAGCUGGAAUAUGCAAGGAAUAGAUUCAGCUUUUCGUGGUAGGCCCUCAGAGCUUUGGAGCCAUCUAUAUCAAAGACGAGGCUCGCAUCUAAGUGCCACCCCACACUAGCGUCUUUCGAGCGUCUGCGUCUAGUCAGCGCUAUGGAAAAUGGUGUUGCAGUUUCGCCAACGCUGCGUCGAGCAAGCAGCCAUAGAGUUGACUAGACGCUGACGCUCGGGAAACGGACGCGAGUGUGAGGUGGCUUUUAAGGAGAUUAACAAUAUACCAGUUACUUUAUACCUACCUACUUGUCUACAAUAUUAUCCGAACUGGAAUGUAGGUGUUGCGACGUUACAAGCGAGUUUUCUAUAACUUUAUGGUCUAUUUCUAGGUGAAAACUGAUGCCUGCGAGAACUCUGCCAACUGCUUACGUAUAAGAUAUUAUAGAUACCUUUGGCACAUAUAGUUUGUAAGAAAUACGAGAUUCCGUACCAAAAUGUAAAGUCUUAUUUUAAUUGUUUGUUACCUUAACGUUUUGUAUUGUAUUGAAGCUUAUGUUGUACAGAUGUAUGAGUAUUUAGGAGAUAUCGCUGCUUUUAAAUUGAAAUCAAGAAAAAUGUAUUAUAUAGUAUUUGAUAUAACUUGACAGAGUCUGGAGAUGCUAAAGUAUCCUCUUUUUUAAAUGAAUCAUUUUAUUUUUUAUUGAAUUAAUACACCUACCCUUUGUUUUUGAACUAACGUGUAAAAUUAUUUGAGGAUUGUCCCUUUCAAAUGGAAAAUGUACCUGUAACCUACAAAUUCCUACGUAGGUGUUACUUAAUAUGUUAGUAUUGAUACCUACCUACCAUUUUAUAAACGAUUUCCCCACGUUAUAUUAUUAAUUAAAUGAUUCUAGUUACAUGUUACUGCAUAAAUUUCUCGUGAUAAAUAUAGGUACGGAGAUCUCGCUACCAGUCCGACUUGCACUUCUGUUUAUCAGUUAUGACUGCGACUGGAGGUAAAUAUAUAAUAAAUACUCCUAUGGUCCAUAAAAAUACUAUCACAAUAACUUUGCGUAAGUCCCAUAACAUCCUAAGAUAAGUCCCAUAACAAGAUACAAAUCAAAAAUUUGUCAGUAAAAUUUUAACGUAAUAGAGUUGACUUUGGUUUCGAUGAAAAAUGAACGAAACAAAAUAAAAGAAACCGAUUCAGAUUGAAAAUGAUUUAAACUUUAAACGAACUUAUGAGAAUUAAAUAUAAUUCAAUAUUGUAUUAUACUUUUAGAUUGAUGCCAUUCAUUUAAAUAAUCUAUAUAACAGUCCCAGUGAGCUAAGUAGAUGUAGUUUGUUAUUAAAUGUGGAGAUCAAAGCGUUGUAUACAAUAUAUAUGGGACUUUGAACUGGUUGAGUGGCGCCAUCCACCUUGGUACUCGUACGAAAAGAAAGAUAGAAUUGACAGUAUUUAUUAUUUAUUUGUCUCUAUAAAUACAUAUACAUACCUACCAUAAUGUCGAUGUUUUGUAAUUAUUUCUGUAAUCUAUCCUAUUAAGUGACAUUUUAAUCUAUCUUUGUAUGUAGAGGCUUCCAAUUAUUUUUAAGGAGAGCGUUAUUUAUAUGAAAGAGUUAUAAGUUGAAUAAAAGUUUCAGUUUUAUUA